GGCGUCUGUUUGCUGAUUUGUCUUGUCUGUCUUGUGUCAAGUCCCAGAACCUGUUUUCUUGCUCUGUUCAAUGCAUUAUAAUUCAUUUUUACAUAUUUGUUACUCAUUUAGCUAAAUAUAAAAAAAUUGCUAACAUUAAUCAGCCCAAAACAUGAUGCAACAUCAAUAUUGGGUUACCAAGAAAACUGUGUUGAAGAAGUUAGGUUCUAAAGAAGAUGAGUGUAUUGUUUCAUCGGACGCUGAAUUGGACGCAAAAUUAGAGUUAUUUCGAUCAAUAUCAGAUAGUUGCUUACAGUUGCAGCGUAUAUUAGACCAAUAUCAACAACGUCUUUGUGUUUUGGCACAGGAAGAGAAUACUUUGGGGAAGUUUUUACGAGAUGCAGGGAAAAGUACAGAUGCUUCGGGGAAGCAUAUGAUAUCAGCUGGGAAAGCUAUUUCAUACAGUGGACAACAGCGUUUAUCGGUGCGUGGGCCGUUGUUAAGGCUUUAUCAUGAAGUAGAGACUUUUAGAGGGCGUGCUGUUAGCGAUAUGCGUGCAACCGUGUCUGCUAUGGAAAAAGCUCGCAUUGAAUAUCGUGCUGCGCUUAGUUGGAUGAAAUCAGCGAGUGCUCAACUAGACCCCGAUACGGGGCGCGGUCUUGAUAGUUUCCGCAAAGCACAGCGACAAGUGCGUGAGAGCAAAAAAGUAUUUGAUAAGCUGACCCUUGAUGUACUACAAAAAAUUGACCUUUUAGCAGCAGCAAGAUGUAACAUGUUUUCUCAUGUGCUCUCUAAUUAUCAGAGUUCAUUCAUGACAUUUGCCACCAAAGUGUCUCAGACUCUCGUGGCUACAGCGGAUACUAUGAAUGCCACACCGCAGUAUGAGUUCUGUAUUUUGAAGGAAUUAUCUCAGACUUUAGGAGAAGGAGAAACUAAGCAAGAAAUUGUGCCAGUGGAUAAGGACCAAAUGUUAUUUUUCAAGGAUGAAUACAAAGAUGACAAUACUAAUGAGAAGGAAACCAAAGAAAUCAACAAGCCUAACAAUGAAUCUACCCCGUCCAACAAUGGCUCAUGUGACCCAUCUACAUCUAAUAGUGACACUACUAAUCUGAUUGACACCGUUUGUCUGGAAUCUGAACCAGCUGCUGAAGCAUCCAGUUUGAUCUCUGAUUUAGCUGGUUUACAGUUGGAUUCUGGUGAUAUGCCUGCUAAUUUUGGAUCAUUUAUGCCGUCACAGCUAUUACAGAAUUUGAAUGCUGGUCCAAUGAAUAGUUUCCAAAACCCAAUAGCACCAGUAAGUAUGAACAAUAAUAAAAUUGUAAAACCUCAAGAGAAUUCAACAAGACCGCUUCCGAAGAAAGAAGAUAAGGCAGCCUGGUUCAAACUGUUUGCAGAACUAGAUCCUCUGGCAAACCCUGAUAAUCUUCUAGGAUCCAACACUAACCAAAGUCAUGCUGCUUAAUUACUACUGCCUUUAAAAUAAAUAGCAUGUUAUGCUAUUCAAAAUAUUUAUACAAAUACUUAUCUUUAUAUGGUAAACAGAGCCAAGUUAUGAGGCUUGAGAUAUAAGAGAAUUUGCUAUGAAUUUACUUUGAAGACAGUAAAAAUAAUCAUGAUUAUUUGAAUGUUUAUACAAUAUGCGCCACCAUGUACGAGUAUGUAUCAAGUACGAGUAUGUCCUGCACAAAAGACAAUUCAAGUUAUUUUAUUAUUUGCUAUUGUGCAGGCAUACCAUAUUUUCACUUUUCGUUGCGCACAUCUAACGAUUGACCUAUAUAUUGUUUGUCGCCUGUGUUGUAAACCUGUGUUUUAAAAACUGAUAUGAAAAUUUGUAGUGAGAUAAAAUAAAAAUUAAGAAGUUAAAUUGUCUAUUGCCUCAGCUAUAGUGUCAUAGGUAUGGUCCAUUAUGUCGUAAGAUUGUGUUUAAACACAGCAUAGUUCUGUUAUUCCAAGUUGAAUUUAUUCUUAAUUAAUUCUCUUACAUACAUAAUUAAAUUUUUAUUUUGGUUAUUUUCUUGCAACAUUGCUAAAUUAUUUAAUAUUAGACAGGUAGCUUAUUGCAGCUGAUGUAUCUAUCAGACAGUGAUGAAAGUUCUGUAUUUAUUCUGUAAAAUCAAUUUUAAAAAUAUUUAUAUAAUGUUAUGCCUAAUUUUAGAAAUACAUCCUAAAAACUUUUAAUUUAUUUGGGAAAAUUAGGAAUUAGAUUAUAAACUUGUACUUAAACCAAAGAUAGCAUUAAGGUUUAGUAGGUAGGUAUAAUAACAUCCUAAAAUUUCUAGUCGGCAGAUCUGAACAUAAGAAGUACAAAUAAAUAUAUACUUAUGUUGUUUUGUAUAAAUUUCAUUUUUUUAUGUGUUGCCUAAAAUAAACUUGUCGCAAUUUAUAAAGUGGCUCAUUGUAAGAAUCGGUAUGUGUAUAUUAAUGUGAUUUUUAUUUUGGGUUUUCCUAAAUAUUAAAGUAGCUAGUUAUAUACAUGAGUUAAAGAAUAUUAUUUAAUCGAUUACAUUCCAUUGUUUGCGGUAGUUAUGUAUUCUUAUAUAAUGUACUUAUUAAAACCAUUUAACAACUUCAAA